ACGCUGCAGAUCCACUACACGCCUGGAGGACGGGCGAGUGGUGGACACCUCGCUGGCCCGGGACCCGCUGCAGCUGGAGUUGGGCAAGCGACAGGUGAUCCCUGGCCUGGAGCAGGGUUUGCUGGGCAUGUGCGUGGGGGAGAAGCGGAGGGUGAUUAUCCCCCCCAACCUGGCUUACGGCAAGCGAGGAUCACCCCCUGCCAUCCCAGCGGACGCGGUGCUGCAGUUUGAGGUGGAGCUCCUCGGCCUGUCCCGGGCUGGCUACUGGCAGAGGCUAGUGAGCGACCUGCUGCCCCCGCUGUGCGUGGGGCUGGUGCCCUUGCUGCUGGGGCUGGUGGGCUUCCACCUGUACCGCAAGGCCACCAGCCCCCGCGUCUCCAAGAAGAAGCUCAAGGAGGAGAAGAGGAACAAGGCCAAAAAGAAAUAAACCUGCCCCUGUCGGCGCCA